AUGCUCAUCUACAUCUGUUCACCCUACGUUACAUCAAUACCCGAACUUAUGCAAUUUGGAAUGCGAUUGACAGCGAUGCCUUUACACGACGCUACUAGAGACCUCAUACUUCUCAAUCAACAACGUCUCACCGAUGUUGAAGUGAACCUCCAGUUAGAGGCCAACAACGAACAACUGGAGAGCAUGGCGAAAGAACUCGAAUCUGAGAAAAUAAAAACUGGUCUGGUAGUUUUUUUUUCAAGAAAUUAUAGGGGUCAAAUUUUUGAUUUACAGAUCUCAUUUUGAAA